AUGGCAACCCUACAAAACGGUCUCCCGGAACGGGACCCCCGUCGCGGCCGUGACCCUUACCAGAGGGGUGGUCCUCCUGCUCCAAACGGUGGAGCCUACCCCUCAGGUCCUAGACGACAACCUCCUCCUCCCGCUGGAUAUGACGGUCCUAGGAUUGAUACUACUCGGAGGGGAGCUUAUGGUGAUGGACAGCUGGAGCCGCCGUUGACACCGAGGGGAUAUGGUAGCAUGAGUGGACAAGGAGGAGGAGGGGGAGGAGGAGGUGGCGGUGGCGGUAGUGGUGGUGGUGGGAGAGGUUACGAAUAUGCGGAUGUUAGUAAUACGGGACGAAGACCCUCAGAAGCUCCUAAAGAUAGAUCGAAGUCGAGAAGGCGGGGGGAACCGGCUUAUCAGGAUAUGAAUGGGUCGGCAGAGGGAGUAGCUAGGUUAGCUGGAUUGGCUGAUGUCUUGGAAACAAUACGACGAGAUUGGGACUUCAUGACUAAAGAAGAAUGCAUACCGGUACAAAUUGCUCUGCAACUGAACGACCCGAGUUCUCUGGGUAAAGCAAAUCGACUUCGCGACUUCAGGGUCAUCAAAAAGAAUCUUGAAGGCGCUUUACAGGCUGUCGUCAAUGAAUACCAUCAGGGGUUCAAUAGCUCGAUCGGUACAUACCAUAGCAUCAUGCGGCACAUAGGCACAUCAGCGGCCAAAGUCCAAGACCUAAAACAGCGAGUCUCGAGUGCUAAGAAAGACUUAACAUCUGAGAAGCCCGAGGUCAAGAAUUUGGCGGUUGAGAGUCAGAUCUACGAAAGCAUGCUCCAGACACUAUCGCAAAUUGAACACCUCCGCGAUGUCCCUGAGAAACUGGACCUAAGGAUGGGCGAAAAACGCUUCCUGACUGCUGUCGAUAUUCUUAUGGAGGGUUUGAAGAACAGCAACAAGCCGGACUUGAAGGGCAUAGGAGCACUACAAGACCUUCGACGGGGCCUUCUAAACCAAGAGACGUCACUGGCUGAAAUUCUGGUUGAGGAACUACAUUCACAUCUCUAUCUAAAAUCGCCAUACUGUGACGGUAGAUGGAAGUCAUACUCGAACCAGAAGGACAACAAGACCUCGGAUCAGCUGCUGGGAGGUGGUGUUAUUCCACAAGCGACUGUUACAAAGCGGGCACUCGACAUUUUCUUGGAAACUGAGGAUCUGACGAAGGAGAUGGUGGAAGAUGCUUCAAAGAAUAUAGAAGCCGAGAGUUUGCACUAUAUUCGUUUACUCAUCGAAUCUCUUCACAAACUUGGAAGAUUACCCGCAGCUUUGGAACAGAUUUCUCAGAGACUGCCGGUUGAACUGAACAAAGUUGUCGAAAAGACGAAUCUUGAGGUGGAUUCCAGACACCCCGCAUCCUUCAGGGGGCUCUCGAAUCUGAAAGACGGUAAAGCUAUUGAUGCUGUACUAUCGGAAAAAGAUGAGCGGGUUGAGGUUCUUAAUGAUUUGUUAUACACACUAUUCUCGAAGUUUGAGGCGAUUUUGGAGGGCCACAGGGUUGUACAUGAUGUUGUGAAGGCUAUCAGCAAACGUGACUGGUCUAAGGAUAACACGACGACGCUGUCUGGUGGAUUCAUGGAAAUCUGGAAAUUGUUGCAAAGUGAAACAAGGUCGCUAUUGCACGACUAUAUCACUGCAAACGAGAGCAGAGCCGCAAAUUCGAACGCUCCCAAGGCAGCACAGAAUUCUGUCAAUACUAUCCUGGCUGCCAACUCGGCCUCCCAGAAGAAGAGGCGGAUGUUCAAAUUUGGUGGACCUGAAAACUCGGACGCCUUGAUCAAGGCCAACCAAGACGACUUGGAAGCUAUUCUCAAGGCAAACGUACCCGGACUUGUACAAGACUCUGCUGUUCCUGUUAUUAGAGAGGCCGAGGAAACACAGAUUAGCGAUGGGUCGGCUACGGGUAGGAAACUGCUCGUCGAAUCGACGGUUUUUAAUAUGGGCCACUUGCUUUCGCCCUCGCUGCAGUUUCUGAAGAACGUCAAGGAUAUUAUUCCCCCAGGAUUGGGUGUCGCCCCUAGUACUUUCACAUCCUUCCUCGAUGACUUCCUGGUCAACGUCUUCCUACCACAACUUGAGGAUACGCUACGUGAGCUCGCUGCGCAAACAACAGGAGAACUCGAUGCUUUCCGACAAGACACGCAGUGGAAGAAUGUUGCACAGCGUCCGGUCAUGAAGGGAACUUCUGGGUUCUUGAGCCUAGUUACGGCGAUUUGUCGUAUGCUGGACAGUUUACCGCACGACCAGUCGUUUAGUCAGUUGAUUGUGGACCUGCUCACGGACUACUAUGAGAAGUGCCAUGCGUUCUUUAGGACACUUGUCCAGAAGGACCCGAACACUCUCAAAAAGAGCGCCCUCUGGGUCGUCCCCGGAGAACUAGAAUCUACAAUGCGUGAAAUGUGGGCCGACCCUACCGCAUUCCACGAUUUCCUCAACAAAGAAACCCUCGUCUAUUCCAAACUUAAGGGCACAGAAGGUGUUAGCUUCGAAGACAUCAUCUCCGACCGUAAAACAAUUUACACCCUAUGUAUCCUGUACAACAGCAUGGACUGGUUCUCUCGCAAACUGAAGAAACUCCGUCAAGUCACCGACAUCGAAGACCCCAGCAAGGACGAAGGAACUCGGAACCGACGGUGGAACAAUCUCAACUCCCAACUCGCGAGAGACUCAGCUUCUCCUGUCUUCUUACCUCUUACGAAGGAUCUGGCCGAAGCGUUUGAUGGGGUUGUGAACACUUAUUCGGAGUUAACGAAUACUAUCUUGUUCACGCUGAGAGCUGAGGCUAGGACUCAUGCGGCGCAUUACAUCGAUCUUGCAGUUGAAAAGACUUCAUGGGUUUUAGAGAAUGAAGCCCCCGAAGCCGAUCCUCAGAUCUUGACAUUGAAUACAGAACUAGUAUGGUUCGACCAGGACGUAACCAGCUUGCUUCGAUUCGAGGAACAGAGGUUUAUCAAAGCUGGAUUGGGCGUAUACCUUGACCACCUGCUGAUUAGAAGCUGCGGGAAGAUCAAGCAGAUGAACCGUAAGGGUGUGGAUAAGAUGUUGUUGAAUAUCUUGGUCUUACAACAGAACCUGAGGAAUUUGGUGUUAGAAGAUGGAGUUGUUGGUGAUGGAAGAGAUGAGCAGAACAAAAAGGUUGUGGCAUUGAAGAGGAGUGAUGAUUUUUGGAAAUUCUUCAAUACGGGACCCGAGGAUGUCCUUCAACGAGCCAAAGACAAAACCUUGCCUUACACAUACGAUGAAAUGAAGGAUUUGGUUACAUUAUGGUAUUCGGAAACUUUCAAGACAGGAAACAGACGAGAGUCGACGAUAGCGGCGCGACGAAGCCUGAAUGAUCAUUUGAUCCAGUUGAGUGAAUUGAUGUGGGAGAAUUAA